CGGUCUUGUUGUCAUUCCGAAGAACAAACUCAGUUGUCUCCGAUGCACGACACUUUUUUAUGUAAGUAUGUAGGUCGUAACCUUCAUUUUUUUUUUUUGCCUCGGAAUACUUGAGUACCCUACGCAGGCACAUACGCCCUUACCCAGAUACACCGAAUUUAAUAAAAUGAAGAACUUUCUUCGCUCUCGGUGCAAAAAAGAGAACCUGUUCGUGCUUCUCACCUGCAGCAUCAUCGCGUACUUUUACCUAAGCUGGCUGUGGCUUUGGUUCGUCAAGUUCAGAGCCAGAGCGGCAACGGAUGGCACAACAACUCCUGAGGCAGAUAAGAACUCUACAACAACUUCGAGGUCCCUCUCGUCUUAUUUGCACGUUGAUGAUGUCCUGAACCAGCUGUACAAUAUUUUCACUCCAAUUUUCAUUUCAUUCUGCACCUUCUUCUUGGUGGCGAACUAUGCGCUCGCGGCGUGGACCCACCCCGGGAAGAUCCCCGCCACUGACGAGUGGCUCGACGGGGACGUGGACACCCUGGAGUGCAAGGCGAGCAGCGGCGAGCCGCGGUUCUGCCGGCGGUGUCAGCUGUACAAGCCCGACCGGAGCCACCACUGCCGCAAGUGCGACACCUGCGUCCUGAAGAUGGACCACCACUGUCCCUGGGUUGGGACCUGCAUCGGGUUUCGCAACCAUCGCUUCUUCGUCAUGUUGCUCUUCUGGAUCGUCGUCACGCUCGGUGCGAUGGUGUACGUAAAUCUGCGUGAACUCGGGGCGGAAGUAGCCGACGUCGAGGAGGAGUUGGCGCUGCUGGAGAUUUUGUCAAGUAAGGUCGACGCUAAGGCGAAAAGAGAUCUGCGCGCCGCGCAAUUACAACUCGUAGACGGAAUAUUUCUUGAGGUGCGAGAGAGCUUGGAGUUGGCGGUCGGUCUGCAGGACGUAAAAGAAUUGGAGCAGAUGUUAGAUGGCGUUGGCGAGAAAGACGUGGAUCAUGCCACCCCGACGAUUGCCCAGCGCCUCUGGAUUUUCACUCUGCACGCGCUGCUUCGGUUCGUGUAUUCCGCGCCGGUGACGAUCAUUCUGGUUACCGAGUGCGCCUUUUUGAUCGUUUUUGCCGGGUUUUUCUCCUUUCACCUCUUCCUCGUGGCGAACAAUCUGACGACCCUAGAGUGGUGCGAGAAGCGGCGGGAGAAGGCGGACCCGAAUCUCGUCACGUGGUCCACCAGGAGCGUGUUGGGAAAUUUUCAGCAGAUUUUCGGGAAACGGUGGUGGCGAACGUUCUUUUCGCUGCGGCCGCCCGACGUAAAGGAGUUUGGGGACGGCACGAAGUUCGAGGGUCGGUACGUGUUGGCCGUCGCCGCUGGCGCGGUUGUGACCGAGGGUACCGCGAUCGUUGGAGGGGAGACAGGUACUGUUGUGUCCUCAUCUACUGCGACCGCGACGCUGACAUCCCCUACCAGCAGCCCUGCUGGCGUCGAGAUGUCUACUUCAAGAGCAGUACAGGAAAGCAGUGGUGCACAGUCGCAGAACCAGCCUAGUACCGACCUUCGUUCACGUCGACCAGGUCCAGGACCACCGGCAUCGGCGAGCCAGAGUGAGGAUUCGGUUUUGAAAGAGGACCACCGCAAAUAAAAAGGCACAUUUUCUUGUGGGCGGCGAGCAUGAUAGUUGAAGAAAUAUAUCCUGCCUUAUCCCGUAUCCGUAACAGAAGCGCUUGCUAGUGAUGACAACAACGCACCACGGACGCACAUGAACAGCAAACCAUACAGCUGGCACUGCAGCUGAAGAAAGGACUUUCUGUGUAU